AUUUCAGUUGAUGGCUUCAGAAAUAUUGCCAAUGGCUGCAGUGGGAUUCAAGAUUUGCUAAUCAACAAAAUGCCAACUCUUGCAGACAGAUGUAUUCAAGCUCUGGUUGAAAAAUGCCAACAGAUAAUGGCUGUUGUCUUUCAUGACUCUCCACAUCUUUCUGAUACAACUUUUAAAGCUCUUACUGAAUGUAAACUUGUCAAAGUCAGCAUUGAAGGGAAUAACCAAAUUACUGAUUUGAGUUUAGAGUUGGUGAGUAAAUGCUGCCCAUACAUCAGACACAUUCAUAUGGCUGAUUGCCAGAGGAUUACGGAUGCUGGCCUUAAGAUGAUUUCACCACUGAAGCAUAUUCUUGUACUGAACGUGGCAAACUGCAGAAGAAUCAGUGAUGGAGGUGUAAGGCCAUUUGUACAAGGUUCUUCAGGAGCACAGCUUAGAGAGCUGAAUUUGGCUGAUUGUAUUUGCGUCACUGAUGCUUCUGUCACAGAAAUAGCACAAAGAUGUCAUGAAUUGACCUACCUAAAUCUGCAUCACUGUGAAAAUGUGACUGAUGCUGGAAUUGAAGCUUUGAGAAAUAUAUCAUCGUUAAUAUCCAUUGAUCUCUCUGGAACCAGCAUCUCAGAUACGGGCUUGGGAGCUCUUGGUCACCAUGGAAAAAUAAAGGAACUUUAUAUAUCAGAAUGCAAAACCAUCAGUGAUACUGGGAUUCAGGAGUUCUGCAGGGGCACAAAAAACCUGCAGCUCUGCCAUGUCUCUUACUGCCCUCAGCUGACAGAUGAAGCUGUGAGAUCGAUGGCAUUUCACUGCCACAGGCUGACGUCUGUCAACAUUGCGGCUUGCCCAAAGAUGACUGAUACCUGUAUCCAAUACCUGGCUGCAGCCUGCCAUUAUCUUCACUUCUUGGAUGUCUCAGGUUGCAUUCAUCUUACUGACAAAGCACUGAAAUGUCUUUGGAAAGGUUGUAAGCAACUGCAGAUUCUCAAGAUGCUGUAUUGCAGAAAUGUUACCAAACAAGCUGUCUUGAAAUAUGCAGCCAAGCUGGUGAAACCAGAACAUACUGAUGCUGACCCACCUUCCUGGCUUGGAUAUGAUCGAGAUGGUAACAUACUCCCUUCACCAAAAAAAACACACCAGAGCCUGAAUAAACAAAUUCUUCAAAACAAAAGAUGA